UCAUUAUUUUUUCAUGUUUUCUGUUUGCUUGCAACCGUCGUGGCGCGCGUUUUUCUAAUUAAAUUCUUAUUAGAUUCUCACUUAACUGCAUAGACUUUACAUCAGAUUAUAAUUUUGUUACAAAAUGAGUGCGUGGCCUGAAGUAACGACUGCAAAGUCGGAAAAUCGUCAUGAAAUCAAAUUGGCGGGUGCGGCUAUUUCGAAACGUAUAACGGAAGGUGGUUUAGACAAAGGAAUAUUUCAAUUAACUAAUAUUAACCUUUUAAAUAUUAGCGAUACGUGUCUAGCAGCUAUACCGGACGACAUAAGUCGGCUGGUGAACCUGCAGUCCUUACUGUUAUUCGGCAAUAAGAUAACAGUCUUCAAUGAAAACAUAACCUCACUGAAAAAAUUAAAAGUACUUGAUCUAUCGAGGAACUUGCUGAAAUCAAUACCUGACAGCUUAAACGAGAUGAAAGAACUAACAAACAUCAAUUUAAGUUCAAAUGAAAUUGAAGAAAUGCCGAAAUUGACGGAUUUUCCUAAUUUGCUUACAAUUGACUUGUCAAAUAACAAACUGACUAGUUUCUUGGACUUGGAGAACGCUGUGAUGCCUCAUUUGACUGAUUUGAAGAUCAAAGGGAACGCUAUAGAAGUGCUGCCCAGCUUCAUAGUCCGCAGCUUACCCUCACUGAAGAAUUUUGACAUCGGAGACAAUAAAUUGAAAUCAGUACCUGGAGAAAUGGCGAACAUGGGGAAACUAAAAGAAAUAAACCUCAAAGGCAACAAAUUCACUGACAAAAGGUUCAUGAAACUAGUCGACCAGUGCCGUACCAAACAAGUUAUGGACUACAUCCGCGACCACUGCCCCAAAACCGACCAGGCCCAGCCUACGGGCAAGAGCAAGGGCAAGAAGGGAAAGAAGGAAGAACCAGCCCCAGAAGACCAGGAGUGUGACCUCUGCCAUGCUAUGAAGAUUCUUCACGUAGAAGACGAUAUCUUACGAGUGAAAAUAGUUGAGCCCCAAGUUGCUGGUGUCCGACCUUAUAUACUCUGUUGCAUCGUUAACGACUUGAGCUUUGACGAGACGUCGUUUAAAAAGUUUAUUCAAAUGCAGACCAAGCUUCAUGACACUAUCUGUGAUAAGAGGAAUGUUGCCACCAUCGCCACACAUGAUCUGGAAAAGAUUGCUCCAGGUGACCUAGUAUACACAGCGAAGGCUCCAUCAGCUCUAAAACUGACACCACUGUCAAGGGUGAAGCCCUACUCUGGAGAACAGCUGUUCCAGCAGCUGACGGCUGAAGCAGAGGCUCUCAGGAAGGAAAAGAAGAGGAAUGUUUACUCUGGAAUACACAAAUACCUAUACUUACUAGAAGGUAAGCCCCUAUAUCCGUGCCUGGAGGACGCCAGUGGAAAGGUCAUCAGCUUCCCACCCAUCACCAACUCUGAGGAUACUAAGAUGUCACAAAACAGCAAGUCGAUGUUGGUAGAGGUGACGUCACACACGUCUCUCAGCGCCUGCAAGACUGUGAUGAACAAACUGCUGCAGGAGUGCCUGCUGCUGGGCAUCGGACCUGAACUGGAACCAGGCUCCGUCUACCACACCCUGACGGUGCAGCAAGUAAAAGUAGUAGAUCCAGAAGGAAACCUCAAGAACGUGUACCCAUCGCGAACUGACUGCGUCUACGAAGGCACUAACAUUAAGGUUGUACGUAGCAACAAGAAGUAAUUUAUACGUAAUAUACUACAAUACUUAUCUGAAAUAACAAUGCCAUAAUUACAGUAGCCGGGUCUUCACCGGACAAUGUAAGGUCCACCGAUCGCAUAACAAAAAUGUGGUGCUGUAAAAAACAUUACAAUAAUGCAUUUCUAAUACUUCUGUCUGUACCCUUAGUAUGAGUUUGCUUUACGUUUAAAGUAAUCGAAACGAAAGCGCGUUCGGCGCUAUGAUUGGUUGGUUUAUUCGAGCCGGCCAAUCAGAGCCCGCAACUAUGGGUACUGAUGUUGCAAGUAUACUGAGGCUACAGUGUCUGCCUUUCAUCAGGCGAACGCAUUCUACUUGAGCGAUUCAAUUGCUGUCGGCUUUUUAAAGUUGACAGAAUCGCAAAUUAUAGCAUCUGAAUCAAUAAGAAACUAUCCAAGCUCUUGGAUUGCGGACCGUAAUAUCACCGAUCCAAGGUAUUGAGAUCGAAAAUCGAUCGGUGACCCAAAAAUUGUCUGGUGUAGAUCCGGCUAAUGAAAAGGCUACAAAACGUCUCGAGGCCUAAUGACGUCACUUUACACCUUAGGCUCAUUGUUUUAAAAACAUCGGCUCAAUAACCAAGGUGUCAAGUCACGUGAUUAGGCCUUCGCAAAGGAUCUGUCCAAAAACAUGUAUUACUUCCGUAUUUAACUUCUAAUAUUAAUAUUUCCAUGAAAAAAUAAUUGUGAUUAUACUAUUAUGCCUUAUGACAUAUUGAAAAUUAUUAUUGCCAAAUUAUACAUUUUUCUCAGCGCACAAAUUAUUAUUGUACAGUUUUGUGCCUUUCUGUACCUGUAACGUUCAACUAAUAUGUUCGAAUUUACACUACUUAUUUAAUAUAAGAGUUAAUUUAAUUGAAAUUUUAAUUUCAUCUUAAUUUACAUUUAAUUUAAUGUUGUGUUAUUAAAAUUAAGUGUUUGCAUCAAGGAUUGCGUUGCUUUGUGUGUCUAAGGUUUGAAAAACUUUCUUUAUAUAAUUUAAAAAGUAACGCACAUGUCCCAAAUUGUUUUGGACUGAAAAAUCAACUCCAGUAUGCUAUAAUUAAGUUUGAAAUUUGUCUGUGAUGAAUCAUGCUAGUAAAGUACUGAUGUACCACAUCGAUACCGAUUGUAACUUAAAAAGUAAGAGAAAGUUUUUGUUACAUGUUUUCUUUUUAAUAUAAGUAUUUUUGUAACCUU